AUGCGCUACUCUUCACUUUUUCAGUUGACUGCUGCUCUCAUUUCUUUUUCUUUGCCCGCCUUUGCAGCAGACUCUCGCUACUGCAUGAAUAAAAAUGUCAUCGACGCGAAGGAUUUCACUCUCCAAGAAUCCGCUGACAACUCUCAUCUGGCCGCACUCGCUAAGCACUUCGAAGGCGCGGGAAAGAAUGUCAGCGUCUCGGCUGUCCUAAACUCCGCCAACCGUGCUCUAAACAAAGGAUCCCCUCCAGUUGGUAGCGGAUCUCCGUCAGAGGCAUGGGCCUGGAACUCAGGGGACUACAAGACUACCAAGUGGACGCCGCAGGGGAUUACCAGUUCCGCCGAUGCACUCGGCAAAGGUGACUGGAAUGACCAUGAGGCGUGGAUCGUGAGCUGGUACCAGACUGGAGACAGCGUGCGCGUCAGCUUUGUUGAUCGCAAGACACACAAAUACCGCCAUGUCCUUCUUGUCUACCCGAGCGCCGACGAUGACUUCAAGUCUAUUGCCAUCCAUGCUGGAGGGAUUAUGUGGUACGGCAAUUUGUUGUACGUUGUCGAUACCAAUAACGGCAUCCGCGCUUUCAAUCUUGACAAUAUCUGGGAAGUUGAGAUUGCGGAUGGUGUCGGGAAGAUGGACAAUGGAAAGGGAUAUUCUGCGGAUGGAUAUCAAUAUGUUCUUCCCCAAGUCCGCUGGUAUAAAUGGACCCCUGGAGCGGACUCUCCCUUCCGCUUCUCUUGGAUUUCCCUCGACCGCAGCGACUCGCCCGAUACUCUCCUGGUCGGCGAAUUCGUCCGCGAUGGCGAAGUCGACAAGAACAAGGAUCCUGUUCCUAUCCGAUUGGUCAAGUACGAGUUGGACUCGACGACCCGCCGACUGCGCACCAACGCUAAGGGCCUGGCUACUGCCAGCUGGGCUCAUUGCGUCGAUAUUCUUAAGAUGCAGGGCGGUGUCUCUUAUGAUGGGAAGUUCUAUCUCUCACGCAGCAAUGGUCGUGACCCUAAGGCUGGCGACCUGUUCACCUGGGAGGAGGGCAAGACGGCAAAAGAAUAUCCUGGUUGGUUCAUGGCCGGCAAUGAGGAUCUGAGCUACAACCCGGUGAGAAAGGAAUACUACACAGUCACAGAGUAUGACGGCGGGCGCUAUAUCCUGUCCUACAAGGCAUAA